UUGUGGCUUGCCUUCCCGGAUUGUUAGUCCCCUUUUCGGAGAGGUGGCCAAUGGGGCGUCGAGUACUGCUCCCAGGAUGAGGCUGGCCCUGCCCCCCAAGAAACGGCUAUCUGGGUCCCACUCCCAGGCGUUGACUGGGACCUGCCUGCGCUUGCGCAGUCUCACCCUCUGGGCUGCACAGUGCGACCUUCCUUUUGGCGUUCCUGGCUUCGACAGGGCGUUUCCUCUUCGCUGUGUGGACGCUCGUGUUUCUUUCACUUUUCUCCCUGUGCCCCAACUCCCGAUCUACCCUUCUCUUUUUUAUGUGUUCCCCCUCCUGUCAUUUUCCCGUUUCCUUCCCUUAUCCCACCCCUUUCUGUGUCUCUCUUACCGUCCGUUUCGGUGUUGAUUUUCCUAACUCCUAUUUUCCCCAUUCUCUUGGAGUUUCUCUCUGCCUGUCUGUCCUGCUGAUUUUCGGGCCCCCUUCCUCCACGUUCUUAAUUUCCAAAUAGCCUGGCCCAGUUCCCCACCCCCACCUCCCCCGCCCAUCCUUCGCUUUCUUUCUGAGACGCCCACUGUAGUUUUUCUAUGUCUUCAUAGACAUAGAUAUCCUCUCCACCCACCCCCGGUGUGCAUCUCGCUCCCUGAUUUCACCAGAAUUCAUCAGUUUCAUCUGGGCUCCACUCUGUAAUCAUCGCCUGCCUUCUCGUGACCCAGAGGCAAGUGAACAGAGGAUUCAGAAGCUAACUAGAACUGACCUUGAUUGAUACCUGGAUUGAAAUUGGUUCCAGAUUGACCUCUAGCAUCCGGAGACCCAGACCCAGGACCAUGGGACCCCAGCACUUGAGCCCUGUGCAUCUGCUCUGCCUUCUAGGGGCCAUCUCCACUCUGCCUCGGUCCAGAAGGGGAGUUGUGGGUUUUAAGGGCUGCAGCCCAGCCUCCUCUUACCCCCAGCAAGUCUCUUACCUCGUUUCACCGCCUGGACUGUCCGUUGCCUCCUACAGCCGCGUCUGCCGGUCAUAUCUCUGCAACAACCUCACCAGCUUGGAUCCUUUUGUGAAACUCAAGGCCAACACUCCGAGGUCUACAGCAUUUUCUUCCCAUGGUUGCCCAACCUGUGUGGGCGAACACUCUAAGGGCUGCCUCCCAAGUUUUGUCACCACUGAUUCUUGCCCCUAUGACGCCUCUCAGUGCUACAGUUCCACCUUAAAAUUUCAGGCAGGGCUCCUCAAUACCACCUUCCUCCUCAUGGGCUGUGCUCGUGGACAUCACAAACUUUUAGCAGAUUUUCACCAUAUUGGGAGCAUCCGAGUGACCGAGGUCCUCAACAUCUUAGAGAAGGCCCAGAUUGCUGGUGUAGAGCCCUCCAGUCGGGGUCCUGCUUGGGGCAUCCUCUCAGGGCUUCUGCUUGCCUUCAGGGACUGACAGUCUGGCCGGACUGGACAAACCCCUUCCCAUAACCCAGUAAAGUCACACAGUUGCCUUUC